AUUUUUUUAAUGAAGCAAGGGAAUUAGACUGAGUAGACUUAUUGCCAGUACAAACUUAUAGCUGAGCUUAAUUUCGGCCUUUCCUUUGUUGAUAAACAAAACAAAACGAUUUUCCCUUUGAUGGCAGAGGAAACUGAAGGUUAGAGAAGAAAAUGACAGGUUCAGUGUUACUCAUGUCUUUUGGUUUCUGUACAAUAAUGGAGACUAAUGGUUGGAUUAGGGACAUUGAGCGGAACUCUCCAUAUCUCAAAAUUACGAAAGAAUACAAGACUUAAUUGUUAAUUCUCAGCAACCAAACCGAAAUUUAUUGAAACUGAAUGCAUGGGCAUGAAAACUAUUUUGGAUCAAAAGCUUCUGGUUGUUGUCCUGCAAGAGGGCUUCUGCCACUUUUUGUCAAUUGUGCAGUCAAAUGGGAAAUGAGGAUCUCGCUUGCUAGUUUCAGUGAGUUGCAAAAUGUUGGCAGUGGACUUGGUUUCAAGUGCUGUAUCUGCUCCGGCUUCAGAAGUCAUUUCCCAAACAGUAGAGGCCAUUUUUGAAAUUGUAGCUGCUGCCAAUGAUGUCCUUGUUAAGAAGGAUACUUUCAAGGAGCUUGCAACUUAUGUGGUAAGGGUAGUCCCCAUCUUAAGAGAGUUGAACAAGAAAACUGUUGUUCAUUCUGAGAGCUUGAACAAUGUUAUGGAGAUUCUUUACCGAGAAAUCAGAGCUGCAAAGCAACUGACUCAUGAGUGCAGCAAGAGAAACAAAGUGUAUCUCUUAAUGAAUUGCCGUAAUAUAGUUAAGCGCCUAGAGGACAUAAUGAGAGAGAUCAGUCGGGCUUUAAGUCUUCUUCCCCUGACUUCUCUAGAUCUUUCAUCUGGCAUAAUUGAAGAAAUUGAAAAGCUUUGUGACAAUAUGCAGAGAGCUGAGUUCAGGGCAGCAAUAGCAGAGGAAGAGAUUUUGGACAAAAUUGAUUCUGGAAUCCAGGAGAGAAAUAUGGAUCGUUCUUAUGCCAAUAAUUUGCUGGUUCUCAUUGCAGAGGCAGUUGGAAUCUCAACUGAGAGGUCAGUGUUAAAGAAGGAAUUAGAGGAAUUCAGGAGCGAGAUAGAAAAUGCCCGGCUGAGGAAAGACCAGGCUGAAGCUAUACAGAUGGAACAGAUAAUUGCUCUAUUAGAAAGGGCUGAUGCAGCUUCAUCUCCUAGGGAGAAAGAAAUGAAGUAUAUCAUUAAGCGGAAAUCUUUGGGUGGUCAACCAUUGGAACCGCUUCAAUCAUUUAUUUGCCCAAUCACCAGGGAAGUUAUGGUGGACCCUGUGGAAACUUCUUCUGGACAGACAUUUGAGAGAAGUGCUAUAGAAAAGUGGUUUGCUGAUGGGAACACAUCGUGCCCCCUGACCAUGACUUCUUUAGACACAUCAAUUUUACGGCCCAAUAAAACUCUGCGGCAAUCAAUAGAAGAAUGGAAAGACAGGAAUACUAUGAUUAUGAUUGCUUCCUUGAAAUCAAAACUCCAGUCUGAAGAAGACAAAGAAGUGCUUCAUUGCCUCGGUGAACUACUAGAUCUCUGUAAAGAAAGAGAUCUGCAUAAGGAAUGGGUCAUACUGGAGAACUACAUACCUAUUCUCAUACAACUUCUUGGUGUUAAAAAUCCUGAGAUAAGGAACCAUGCUCUUGUGAACCUAUGCAUUUUGGUGAAGGAUAGUGAUGAUGCGAAGGAAAGAAUUAACAAAGCUGAUAAUGGCAUUGAAUCUAUUGUUCGUUCACUCGGCCGCCGUGUUGAGGAAAGGAAGUUAGCAGUGGCGUUACUUUUGGAAUUAUCCAAAAGCAAUCCGAUAAGAGAGCAAAUAGGGAAGGUUCAAGGUUCCAUACUCCUAUUAGUUACCAUGUCCAACAGUGACGAUAAUCGGGCUGCCAAAGACGCACGAGAACUAUUGGAGAAUCUAUCAUUCUCUGAUCAGAACGUUAUACAGAUGGCAAAGGCAAAUUAUUUUACACAUUUGCUGCAGCGUCUCUCUGCAGGACCAGAAGAUGUGAAAAUGGCCAUGGCAUCAAAUUUGGCAGAGAUGGAGUUGACUGACCACAAUAAAGAAUCUUUGAUAGAAGGAGGAGUACUGUGUCCACUUCUGUAUUUGGUCUCACAUGGUGACAUUCCAAUUAAAACUGUGGCUGUUAAAGCUCUUAGAAACCUCUCAAGCUUACCUAAAAAUGGUCUGCAGAUGAUUCGAGAAGGUGCAGAGCGCCCAUUACUUGACCUUCUUUUCAAUCUUAGCUCGUCAUUGUCAAGUUUGCGUGAAUAUUUAGCAGCCACAAUUAUGCACCUCGCCAUGUCAGUGUCUCUAGAAUCCAGCCAGACACCUGUUUCAUUUUUGGAAUCGGAUGAAGAUAUUUUAAAGCUUUUCUCUUUGAUUAACUUGAUGGGCCCUAAUGUACAGAAAAGCAUUAUUCGCACCUUCCACACGUUGUGUCAAUCCCCCUCUGCUAUAAGUAUCAAGACCAAGUUGAUACAGUCCUCCGCAAUACAAGUAUUGGUUCAGUUGUGUGAGAAUGAUGACCUAAACCUACGAGCAAAUGCUGUAAAGCUGUUCUCUUGCUUAGUAGAAGGUGGCAGUGAAUCCACCCCCAUCCUGGAGCAUGUGAAUCAGAAGUGCAUUGAGACUAUACUCAAGAUCAUCAAAGCUUCUGACGAUGAAGAAGAGAUUGCUUCUGCAAUGGGCAUUAUCUCUAACCUUCCAGAAAUCCCCAAGAUCACACAGUGGCUUGUGGAUGCUGGGGCACUACCUGCCGUAUUCAGUUUUCUCCAGAAUGGCAAGCAGAAUGGUCCCCAUAAGAAUCAGUUGAUAGAGAAUGCCGUUGGAGCCAUUUGUCGUUUCACUGUUUCAACAAACUUGGAAUGGCAAAAGAGUGCAGCUGAAGCUGGAAUUAUACCCUUGUUCGUACAGUUGCUGGAGUCUGGAACCUCCUUGACAAAAAAACGUGCAGCCAUAUCUCUUUCUCGAUUUUCAGAGAGUUCACCACUGUUGAGCAGGUCUUUACCUAACCGCAAAGGAUUCUGCUGCUUCUCGGCCCCGCCAGAAACUGGAUGCCCUGUUCAUGGAGGAAUAUGUAGCAUUGUUUCGUCAUUUUGCCUGGUGGAGGCUGAUGCAGUGGGACCACUAGUUAGGAUUCUGGAAGAACCUGAUCCUGGAGCGUGUGAAGCUUCUUUAGAUGCACUAUUAACUUUAAUUGAAGGUGAGAGACUGCAGACUGGUAGUAAGGUGCUUACAGACGCAAAUGCCAUCCCACCUAUAAUAAAAUUUCUUGUUCAACCCUACCCUAGUUCGCAGGAGAAGGCUCUACAUGCUCUAGAAAGAAUGUUCCGGCUGCUGGAGUUUAAACAGAAGUUUGGAUCGUUAGCUCAGAUGCCUUUAGUUGACUUAACUCAACGUGGAAGUGGUAGUGUUAAAUCUAUGGCAGCUAGAAUACUUGCUCACUUGAAUGUGCUUCAUGAUCAGUCUUCCUAUUUCUGAAGGAACUUCAUGGUUACAGCUACAUAUGUCAAUGAUUUAGAGAUCAAGCAUAAAUUCACUUUUAUGCUUUAAACUUCACAACGAUCACUAAAAGUUACCGGAGGACUUGCCAUGCAAAGCUAUAGACAUGGGAGCCCUUCAUAUUUUUAUAAGCAUGGCUCUCUGGUCAGUAUGUCAUUAUCUGGUUUCAGUGACGUGUGAUUGGAUGGAUGCAAUUUUAUUUUUCGAGUCGCAGCAUCAAGAUCCGAAUGAGAAUUUAAAUUCUGCUGCUGUUGGACCAGGGGGAAGUUGGUUUGCGGCUCAUACAUGUGGUGCUCCAGGAAGUUGGUUUCUGUCUGUGUAUUUGAAGCUUGAUAUGUGUAUAAUGGUGUAAGGAGAAGAUAAAUCAGUGUAAGCCAUCACUGGUGGACUGGUAAGGGAAGCUGAGGCCAUUUUUUCAACCACAAUUAAAUUCUUUUCUAAUAUAGGAUCUGGAUUCUUUCUUGUGUAUACAUAGGAAAAGAAGUUCAAAAAUUCAAAAUAAAUUUUCAGGUUAAUUUGUGUCCUUUAGAAUAAGUGUUGUCUAUGCAGUAUAUGCUGAAUGUUUCAUUGAAGCAGCUGCUGAAAAACAUAUCUGUCAUUUAGGACUUGGAAGAUGUUUGAAUCAAUUGCCUUUAACAA